AUGGCAACCCGUAAAGUGCGCUUCGAGUUCCACCGCAAGGCCGUCUGCAUCGCCGCCUCGCAGCGGCUCUGCGUCGCGUGCGAGACCGCGCCCACCAAGCAGGUCCUGAUGUCGCCCAUGUCGUACCUGCACCGCGAGCAGGACCCCCUGGUCAACGUCAUGGUCACGCCCAUCUGCGAGAGGGCCGAGUGCAACGCGAGGGGCAAGCAGCAGGUCAACGCUCUCAUUUCGGAGGUGACGGGCAUGGCUGAGGGCGAGGUGCGUGACACUUCCGCUCCCGCAGGUGGCUCGGACGGUCAGAACACCCGGGCGUCGGCGCGCAUCUUGCGGAAUGCGCAGUGUCCUUGUGGCUCGGGUCUCAAGUAUAAGAAGUGCUGUGGUGCUGCAGCAGGGGGAGACUGA